ACUUUCGAAUCGAGCAGUUUAUAUUGUAGAUCGAGUUUUGUGUUCACGUUCUCGUUAUUUGCGUUCGUCGCCGUUUUUCCACACAGUGCAAUACUUUCCUUACAUUGCUGUGGUGUGUCGUAUGUGUUUUAUUUGUAUCGCUUUUAAAAAUUGUAUAAAACUCCGUUGAAAGUUUCUGUGAUAUUUAGAGAAAACCAAUAAGAAGAGUCACUUAAUUCGCAUUCCUCCAGGCCAUUUGAACUGUAAAUUAUUUCUUCACUGGACUGAACUGAGUUGAAUUGUGCUGACUAUAUAGGAAGAGCCACCACAUAUCAAAAUGUCGCGCAAAUCGCUAAAUGUACGCGUCACCACCAUGGACGCCGAGCUGGAGUUUGCCAUACAACACACGACCACCGGCAAACAGCUCUUCGACCAGGUCGUCAAAACGAUCGGUUUGCGCGAGGUCUGGUUCUUUGGCCUGCAAUACACCGACUCAAAGGGUGAUUUAACAUGGAUUAAACUUUACAAAAAGCCAGAAUCACCGGCCAUAAAGACCAUAAAGUACUUGAAACGCGUUAAAAAGUAUGUGGAUAAAAAGACAGCAGAUGGCCACCAACACAACAGUGAUGUUAGCGACGAAGACGACGAUGCUGACGAUAUGACUGGAUCAAUGCCAUUCUCCACAUGGGUUUUAAAUCAAGAUGUGAAGAAGGAGAAUCCCCUGCAGUUCAGAUUCCGCGCCAAGUUCUAUCCGGAGGAUGUGGCUGAGGAGCUCAUUCAAGACAUUACUUUGCGUCUGUUCUAUCUGCAAGUGAAGAAUGCCAUACUGUCCGACGAAAUUUACUGUCCACCAGAAACAUCCGUUCUUCUCGCCUCGUACGCCGUUCAAGCGCGUCACGGCGACUACAACAUGGGUGUACACACAGCUGGCUUUUUGGCCAAUGACCGUCUGUUGCCACAACGCGUGAUCGACCAACACAAAAUGUCCAAGGACGAAUGGGAGCAAUCGAUCAUGAAUUGGUGGAAGGAGCAUCGCGGCAUGCUGCGCGAAGACGCCAUGAUGGAGUACUUGAAGAUCGCGCAGGAUCUUGAGAUGUAUGGCGUGAAUUACUUUGAAAUUCGCAACAAGAAGGGCACCGAACUGUGGUUGGGCGUUGACGCGCUCGGUCUUAACAUCUACGAACAGGAUGACAAGCUGACGCCGAAGAUCGGUUUCCCUUGGUCGGAGAUCCGCAACAUUUCGUUUUCGGACAAAAAGUUCAUAAUCAAGCCAAUUGACAAGAAAGCGCCCGACUUCGUCUUCUUUGCGCCGCGUGUUCGCAUCAAUAAACGUAUUCUGGCGUUGUGCAUGGGCAAUCACGAAUUGUAUAUGCGACGCCGCAAGCCCGAUACAAUCGAUGUGCAGCAAAUGAAGGCGCAAGCGCGUGAGGAGAAAAACGCCAAGCAACAAGAACGUGAGAAGCUGCAGUUGGCACUGGCAGCACGUGAACGUGCCGAGAAGAAGCAGCAAGAGUAUGAGGAUCGUCUGAAGCAAAUGCAAGAGGAAAUGGAACGCUCACAGAAGGAUCUGUUGGAAGCACAGGAAAUGAUACGCCGCUUGGAAGAGCAACUACGUCAACUGCAGGCAGCCAAGGACGAAUUGGAGCUGCGCCAGAAGGAACUGCAAGCCAUGUUGCAACGCCUUGAGGAAGCCAAGAAUAUGGAGGCAGCCGAGAAGGCCAAGUUGGAGGAUGAGAUCAUGGCCAAACAAAUGGAAGUACAGCGCAUCCAAGACGAGGUGAACGCCAAGGACGAGGAGACGAAACGUCUGCAAGACGAAGUGGAGGAAGCCAGACGUAAACAGGCGGAAGCUGCAGCAGCGCUUUUGGCUGCAUCGACGACACCUCAGCAUCACCACGUAGCAGAGGAUGAAAACGAGAAUGAGGAGGAGCUUAUGAAUGGCGAUGGUGGCGGCGAUGUUUCGCGCGAUCUGGAUACAGACGAACAUAUCAAGGACCCCAUAGAAGACAGACGCACACUAGCCGAGCGCAACGAGCGCCUGCACGAUCAACUAAAGGCUUUGAAGCAAGACUUGGCACAAUCACGUGACGAAACGAAGGAGACGCAAAAUGAUAAGAUUCACCGUGAGAACGUGCGUCAAGGCCGCGAUAAAUACAAGACAUUGCGCGAAAUUCGAAAAGGCAACACAAAGCGUCGUGUGGAUCAAUUUGAAAAUAUGUAAAUUGUAACUGCGCGGAGUUGGGUGCGCAGUAUUUCAGCGUGACUGGUAAGGCUAGAAUGCCAGUCUUUUGUAUAGAACAACAGGACCAAUAGAAGCGUAUACAUCAACAUUAAACCAGCAACAUCAAUUUACAGCAUCUAAUCAACAAACUAAGUGAAUGCACUUCUGCGCUCGAUCGACUGCGUCCAACCAAGUCCAUCGUUAUUUAGAAGCAAAAUUUAUUGUUUACAAAACAAAACAAAACAAAACAAAACAACAAAAAAAAAACUAAACAAUAUUUGAUAUACUUUUGAUAAAAGAAAGUCUUCGAUGUCGCAAAGUAGAUAAAAAACCCUAAAACAAAAAAUCAUAAACGCUUACAAAUCAAAUCUAUAGAAACAAUCAAAUGCAUUUUCUUACCGUUUUGGAUAAGAGUUUAAAAAGAAAUAAAUCGAAGUAUUGCUGCUCCUACUAAA